AUGACGGCGAUAGUAGUCAAACCUAUAGUAUUAGAGGGAUAUUCAGAGUCUCAGAAGGGAUAUUUGCUGCUGGAUUUCACCUCAAAGAGACUAUUAGUCAGUAGCGAUGUUGUGUUUCAUGAAGAUGCAUUUCAAUUUACUUCAUCACCAGUACAAAAUACACAAACUUUCUCAUCUGAAGAAGAUAUCAUAGACUUCUUGAUCCCCACAGAUGAUGAAAUAUUUCCCGAGACAACUACUGAAAGUAUUACUGAAGAAGCUCCAAUUGAGGAGGAAAAUAUUUCUGAUACUGCAGUACCUGGUGCAGCUUCACCUGGCACCACUCAUGAAGAAACAUGUCAAGAUGACUGUUCCCUACCUCAACCCUCUUCCAGUAGACCAACAAGAACAAGCAGACCACCGGUGUGGAUACAUAAUUAUGUUAACACUUCCAGAAACCAGAGAUACAAACAUCCAUUAGUCGACAACCUGUCUUACAAAAAUCUAAGUCCUACUUAUCAGUACUAUUUAACAAAAUUCUCCACUUUGACUGAGCCUCAGCACUAUAAACAAGCUAUAAAAGAUGCAAGGUGGGUGGAAGCUAUGAAGUCAGAGAUUCAGGCCUUGAAAGCUAACAACACAUGGAUCAUUAUUGAUCUACCUAAGGGAAAGAAUACUGUUGGUUCCAAAUGGAUAUAA